CGGAGAGCGGCCGCCGGACAGCGCGCGCUCGGGCGGGCCCAGGCGCGGCCAUGGGGGCGGCGGCGGCCGAGGCGAACCGGACGCUCUUCGUGGGUAACCUGGACCCCAAGGUCACCGAGGAGCUCAUCUUCGAGCUCUUCCACCAGGCGGGGCCCGUGAUCACCGUGAAGAUCCCCAAGGACCGGGAUGGACGACCCAAGCAGUUCGCCUUCGUCAAUUUCAAGCACGAGGAGUCGGUGCCGUACGGGCUGCAGCUGCUCAACGGGAUCAAGCUGUACGGGCGGCCCAUGCGCAUCCAGUUCCGAUCAGGGAGCAGUCAUGCAGCCCAGGACACCAGUCCAUCCUGUUUGCCGCUCGGAGCUGUUGGUGCCAUCUCUCCUGGAAUGCCACAUCCAGCCUCCAACUGCAGCAGAUACGAGAGGGUUCCUGAGGGCGCCACCGCCGCGGGGUUCCCGCCGAGCCUGCAGAGACAAGCAGUGAUGAACAGCAUGGCGCGGCAGCAGCCCCAGUUCGGCGGCAAGUACGAGCAGCCCGGCUUCGCCCCUCCCGGCUACCCCCCUGCCUUCCACGCCCCGCCGCCGGGCUCCCCGAUGUCGCGGCGCACCGAGGGGCCGGCACUGCGCAAGGGCCGGCUGGGGGCCCACCCCUACCCGCCGGACAGCCGGCACUUCGGCCGCGAGCGCUUCGGCCCCGACUACGGCCGCGGCAAGCGGGACGACUACGGCUUCGAUGAGAGGGGCCACGACGCCGAGCACCACUACCGGGGCAGCCGGGACGAGCCCUAUGGCGACAGGCACCGCGACGGCUGGAGCCACGACUACGACCACCGCAGGGAGAGCUACAGGGAGGCCAAGUGGCACCCGGCACGGCACUGACGGACUCUGAGGGCAAAGCAAACGUGACCCGUUUCUUACUGAGUACUUGUAUAAAACUCCUUUCCCCGCAAAAAAAAACCCAGUGACCUUUUAGUGUUUGUAAAAAUACCAGCAGCACAGUCCUGCCAAACUCUGGUCUCAGUUUUAAAUGUGUUAACUCACACCUCAGGGCUUAUCAGGGGAAACGGAAAAAUGCUGUAAUGGGAGUUUUUGAGAAACCAUGGCUGUCAGUACUUUUGGAGGAGGAAGAGGCUGUCUUUGUCAGAUGGGCAGGUCCAGCCUUUAAAGCAGAAUAGAGGUGGGACAGAUGCUGCCUGGUGUCUGCAAUAUUCCUCAUGGCAUUUCUGAUACAGAAUCAGAAUCACAGAAUGGUCUGGGUUGGAAGGGACCUUAAAGCUCAUCUCAUUCCAACCCCCUGCUGUGGGCAAGAACACGUUCCACUAGGCCAGGCUGGCCCAAGCCCCAACCAACCUGGCAUUGAACACUUCCAGGGAUGAGGCAUCCACAACAUUGCUGUGCAACCUGUUCCAGCGCCUCACCCUCACAGUAAUGAACUUUUUUCCAA